AUGCUUUAUGCCAGCAUGCGUGAACACGAAAUACUCAUUUUCUUGGGCGUUAUAAUAAUAUGGAAGAAUCGCAAAGCGUCGAAUUGGUUACAUUACUUGGCGAAUGUAUUUCUUUUCUCGAAAAUGGCGAACAUUUUUUUGUUUUUGAGGGCUGAACCGUUUGUUGGUACUAUUUAUGUGCUGAUUUGCAUUGUUCAUGCUGUAUUGUUCCCGGAACCAGCUUAUAAAGGACCCGAAAGAGUUACAUAUUUCAAUGGAGCUGAAUUAUAUGAAGAGAUACAGAAAAAUAAACGCGUUACGUGGUUAGUGCAGUUCUACACAACUUGGUCACCAGAAUGUAAACACAUUGCACCGGUAUUUUCGCAGCUCAGCGAUAGAUUCGCUUUACCAAAUCUACGGUUCGCAAAACUGGACGUGGGUCGUUGGGCGAAAGAAGGUGAACGUUUCAGAAUCAAUACGCACCCUGCGAGUCGACAGUUACCGACGGAGAAUUGUAUUCUUGAAUUUGACAUAAAUAAUCUGUAUAAUGAAUGCAAAACAAACUUGGGCAAACACAGCAGACAUCAGAUGCAGAAAGAGGGAGAAGAAGCAGCUAAGAAGAAUGCCUAG